AAGUUGGAGAUGCACUAGUGGGAAUGGCAGUCUUUCCAUCGCCAUUCCCGCAUUCUCAUCUUCCAUUUGGCGUUUCUCCAGUCAACUUACCGUCGUCAUUUCCACAAAUUUCCAGCCAACGUCCCCAAUAUCUUUUCCUAUUCUAAUCCUACUGUCAUUCCAAUUCUCAGACGCCCAUGAAACCAUGGUCUGUUACCACCAUGGCAUGUUACAACCAUGGCAUGUUACAACCAUGGUCUGUUACCACCAUGGCAUGUUACAACCAUGGCCCAUUCCCCCCUACUCCCCCUCCCUCUUCCCUCACUUCCCACCUUGCCAUCACGUCUUGAACCGCUCGCGCUUUCGCAUCACUUGAGCGCCGUGGCCAUCCUGGACAACUGUGGGGCAGAAAGCUUGCAUGUCCUCCGCACCCUGUUCUCCCCUCUCCCCCCACCUUCUUCCCACCCUUUCCUCCCUUCCACCAGGCGUUGAACCGCCCUCGUUGUUGCAUGAGUGCCGGGGCCAUCCUGGACAUGACAAAUUCCCAUCGUCAGAUCUGCAUGUCAGAUUUCAAGAGUCAAACUCCCGUGUCAGAAUGCCGUUGUGAGAGAUCCCAUGUCAGAAGUCAAUUGCCAGAUUUCCAUGUCAGAUUUCCAUUCCAAGUCAGACUCCCAUGUCAGAUUCCCCCAGUAUUAGGUUCCCAUGACUAACUCACAUUGUCAAAUUCUCUUCGUCAUAUCCGUAUGCCAAAUUCUCACUCGUUUUUGUUUUGUUUUUUUUGUUUUUUUUUUUCCAUGUUCACAUUACAGAUUCCCGCUGUGAUUUCCAUUGUCAGCUCCCAUGUCAUAUUCCUAUCGUCAAAUCAAAUUCAUAUGUCGGAUUUCCAUUUCCAUUUUGCCGUGUCAAACUCCCAUGUAAUAUUCCAAUUGUGAGAUUCCCAUAAUCCGAUUUCCACUUGUCAAACCUCCAGUUGUCAGAUUCCUUCAUCUCCUUCUGAUAAUUUCCACUCAUUGUCACUUAUCUCAGUUGUGAAAUCUGAAGUAUACUUCCUCCCAUGCUUCUCUUCCCAGUCAAUAUGCCACUGUCAGAUUUCAAGUCAACUCCCAUUGUAGACGCUCCAAAACAUGUCCCUGUUGUUGUUUUCCAUGUCAACUUCCACACUCCCUCCCGGUGAGCUUCCCAUUCCAGUCCCAGUCAAAUUCUCAUUGUCCAUUUCCAGUCAACCUCCCAUUGUCAUGUUUCCAUUCAACUCUCCGUAGCCAUUCUCACAGUCAUCUUCCUACUGCCAAUGUCCAAUCAGAUUCUCAAUGACAUGUUUCCAUUCUAUCCCAGGACCCAACUCAUCUCCCGAACGAUUUCCAGCAAUUGUCAUUGAUGUGCAUUGUGAAUUCUGAGACCUACCUUAUUUGUUGUCUUCGCAGUGAAGCUCCCGUUGUCAGAUUUCAAGUGAGCUCCCAUUGUCCAUUCCCAGUGAGGUUCUCAUUGCAUGUUUUCAGUCGAUUCCCCAGACCAUAGCCCUAGGCAUUUUUCAAUCAGGCUCUCAUUGUCAGUUUUCCAGUGAGCUUCCCGUUGUCAUGUUUCCAGUGGACUCGCCAGUGUCAAUCUCCCAUUGGCAUGCUGUGAUGAUGGUAUGGCAUCCUGUUGGUGGUAUGGCAUGCUGUGAUGAUGGUAUGGCAUCCUGUUGGUGGUAUGGCAUGCCUCCUUCCGUUGCGCUCUCAUGCGUGGGUCAGCACACACUGGGCCCAUCCACCUCGCCAGCCAGUCAGUGACCAUCUGUGCCAUGCCCGUACCUCUCUAUCCCAUGCCUGAUGCCAUGUGUUGUGCUGCUUUGUGGUCGUUCCAAUAUCAGACGCCCUCCUGCAUGCGGCUUGUGAGCUGAAUCCUUCCAUGGAGCCUCUCACAUCACAUCCCCACUGCCUACCUGAGCCUUUCUGUCACUCUUGGUGAUGGUAAUGUGUCCACUGCCACUGCACCAGACCAGACGUCACACUCGUCAUCGCAACACCGUCUUUGUGUGUGUGUGAUGUGCCUGUUUGCACGCCAGGCAGCGAUUGGGAUGGGAACGGUGCUGAAUUGUCUUCUUUCAUUGACCAGUUUUUCUUCUAUGCAUUGGUCCGUGUACCUUGGUGUUUGUUGUACCGUAUAUUGUCUGCCGUGCCUCCAAUCCUCACUAAUAUUGAAUGUAGUAAACUAUUUCGGGCCAGGAAGAUGGCCUGAGUACCUAAGAGCAUCCCUCCCUUCCCUUCAUUGCUGAAGUACUUCUGUUGGAUUUUAUUGUGAAAGGAGGUUGGUGCUAUACUUCCUGGCUGUUCUUCUGAAAUUUGCCUGUAAGCUAGGCUCGGCCGAAACUAGCUUACAGGCAAAUUUUGGACGACACUGGCGGAUGACACGACGCAAGAACGUGUCCCGGGAGCUCGCCAGUCUCAGAGUAGCUGAAUGACUAGAAUGAGGCAUAUAGGGAGAUUUUGUGCUAUGG